CAUUGCUAACUUGACCUCGUCUGUAAAGCAACUUUAGCUUUAGCAACAAUAUCAAUUUGUUUCAUCGCGAAUUAGCCGCGAUUGUGUAAUAAAUGGGAAGAUACCAAUGUGCCUACAACUGCGAUCACUCGAGCAAUUCGGAUGUUAAGUUUUUUAAGUUUCCCCUGUACAAUCCCAGAAAACUGAAGAAAUGGCUCAUCAACAUGAAGUGGAAAGACUGGGCUCCCACUCGCUUCUCUGUGCUGUGCAUCAAUCAUUUUGAAGAACAGUACAUCGACAGAACAGGCAAAAGCGUGACACUUCGAGAAGAUGCAGUUCCCACCAUAUUCUUAGCGACUGACAACACACAGAAAAAGAAGGCUCCCAUCAACCCAAGACGUAAGCGACACAAGCCACCUGGUGCCAAAGGCUCAGAGAAAGAUUCUGCUCAGUCUACAACAACCACUCCCACCACAGCAAAGCAGGGCGUCCACAACAAAGAACCCAACCAGGCAGAGCAAGAGCCACCUGGAGAUGCCAAAAAGUCAGACAAAUGGAGGAUCAUUGUUGAUGAAGGGCUGAUGAUGAUCGAAUCAUUUCCACAUUUCUUUCAUGGUGAUUACUGUGUACCACAGAAUAUUCAGUGGGCUCCAGAUCUUGAUGUCAGUACAGAGAAAAAACCCGUAGAAAAUGUGAUAGAGGUGACAGAACCGUGGCAGUGGCUCGGUCUGGACGUCAGAGGACCGCUGCCCCAAACACUGAACGGACACAAAUACAUUUUGACAGUGACAGACUACUACUCCAAAUGGGUAGAAGCUGUGCCGAUGCAGUCGUGCCUCCCUUCACAUGUGGCGAAGAACAUCGUGGACGUCAUCGCCCACUUUGGAUACCCACUCAGAAUCCUGUCCAGACUGCCUCAUGACAUCGUCCACAAGAUCAACAGAGAACUGAAAGAUCAGCUGAAGGUCACCAUGGCUCUCGUGGUCUAUCAUCAGCAGACCGGCACUGCAGAUUUAACCACGCCACAGCUGAUUGACAGAAUGGUGAGUGAUCUCAUCGAGGAGCAUGCAACUGACUGGGAUGUCUAUCUUCCCGCCAAAGUUGUCAGUCUGUGCUUCAAAGAGCAGUCAACGACCAAGGAGAGGCCUUUCUCAGUGCUCUGCUGUAAGGGACUAAAGCCUGUCCAAUCCCCCAGAGGACUGAAUUACGCUUACUCCAAGAUCCGAGAGAGUGUGUUCGUGGUUAGAUAGGAGUUCACUUGCAGGUCACUGGACUUGGAAUCCAAACAGAACUCUGUUUCAUUAACAAACCAGGAAAGAGGAAUUUUUUUUUUUUUUUUUUUUUUGAAGAAUGUCAGAGUUGGAAUGGGACAGUGGAAACCUCGAUGGUUUGACCAAGAAUGUGUCGACUGAACAAGAAUUGCAGAUGGAACUUCUGGAGCAUCCUCCACUCUCCCAAGGACUCGCUGAAAUUUUCCACCUGUUUGGUCCAACAUGUGUUCUUUUGUCUUUUUUGUCCAUUAAAUCAGUGGAAGGUCAUUUUUAUGCUUCAUCAUUAAAAAUCUUAUUUCUGAAUGUAGCAGUUUAUUUCAGUUGUUGAUGUUGUGUUACAGUGAAUGAAGUGUGUGGCUCAAAAAACUUGCUGAAAAUCUGCAGUGAAGUCAAGAACAGAGCAAAUAAAUACAAGUAAAUACAUGUCUUUUACGGUCCAAAUUACCAACAUAAGUUGAGAAAAGUGAAAAUGUUUGCUGAGCCACACGAGACUGAUAGAUACAUUGCUUUUGUUGUUUAAUUUUUGGAUUGGUGUGUGUGUGUGUGUGUGUGUGUGUGUGUUGGCCUUUACUUUCCAGUGACCAUCAGGGGUAUUUUUUUUAAUGUGUCCAAGUUACUCCAAACUGUCCAAACAUCUGAUCUGGCAAUUUUCAGGCGGCUCCUUUUUUUGGUUGUUGUUUUUUUUGUUGAUAAAAUGUAAAACUUUCUCAACUUUCUUGAAAUAAAAAUUUCUUUAUCAUGCUGAAUGCAAAAUAUGACAAAA